UAGAUGGUAAAAUUCAGUUGCGUAUAAAAACCUCUAAGUAGAUCACUGAAAGUCACAGUUUUUCAAAUCCAUUGGAGCGCUUAACAAAGACAUCAAAAUGUUCAAAUUCAUCGUCUUUGCCUCUUUCUUGGCUUAUGCCUUCGCUGCCAUAGGCCACUCUUCCGUCGGCGAUGAAUAUCAUGCCGAAAUUGUCCAUUUGAAAUCGGAUGUACGCAAAGAUGGCUAUGACUUCGCUUUGGAGACCUCCAAUGGCAUUCACGAGCAGGCUUCAGGUGAUGGCUAUGGCAACGUGCAUGGUUCUUAUGAAUAUGUCUCACCCGAAGGUGAACACGUCAAGGUUAGCUAUGUUGGCGAUGAGUAUGGUUAUCAUCCUGAAGGUGAUGUCUUGCCUACUCCCCCUCCAGUUCCAGAAGCCAUAUUGAGAGCAAUUGAAUACAUUCGUACCCAUCCUCCAAAGGAAGUAAGCAAGUUCCAUUAGAAUAAUACCAUUGGGGAUGAAAUAAACGAUAUUGCAAAAUGAA